AUGAGCGACCAAGAAAAGCAGGCGGCCCUUGCCGAAAGCCUCUCGUCGAGCAAAGCCGAAACACCACGAACCGAGAGCCCCGUCGCCGACCCCGAAAAGUCGAUAUCGACAUCCACAGACGCGCUGCCCAACGAAGAUGCGGGACCUGAAUACAAGCGCGAGGUCCACGGCGUCAAGUGGGCGCUGACCGUCGGCGCCAUCCUCUCCUGCGUCUUCCUCUACGCCCUCGACACCACAGUGGUGGCCGACAUCCAGCCCGACAUCAUCGCGUCGCUAGGCGACUUCCAAAAGUUCCCAUGGCUCGCCACCGCCUACGCCCUGCCCGCCACCGCGCUCGUGCUCAUCCAAUCCAAGAUGUACGGGCUGUUCGACAUCAAGUGGCUCUACUUCGGCUACGUGGUCCUCUUUGAGGUUGGCAGUGCCAUUUCCGGCGCGGCUCCCACCAUGGACUCCCUGAUCGUCGGGCGCAUGAUUGCCGGUAUUGGUGGCUGCGGUAUCUACGUCGGCUCCAUCACCUUGUUCAGCGUUGUCACGACCCCCAAGGAACGCCCUGUCUACAUUGCUCUGAUCUCUCCCACCUGGGGUAUUGGCACUGUUCUGGGCCCCAUUGUUGGUGGUGGAUUCGCGGAAAGCAGCGUCGGUUGGCGCUGGGGCUUUUACAUCAACCUUCUCAUCUUCGCCGUCGCCGCCCCCAUUCUCGUCUUCCUCCUGCCUUCGAUCGAUUUCUCCAAGGGCCAAACCGCCAAAGAGAGGACUAGCAAGGUCGAUUGGCUCGGUCUGGCCGUCUGGACCGGCUGGGUCGUUUCCUUCUUCAUGGCCAUUACCUACGGCGGCACUCUCUUCGAGUGGGACUCCUACAGCAUGAUCAUCCUCUGGGUCUUCGUGGGCGUUCUCGGCGUCGGCUUCAUCCUGACGCACAAGCUCUACCCCUUUGUCAAGAAGGAGAACCGUCUCUACCCCAGCCACAUGCUCCGGAACUGGAAGUUGGGAAUCCUGCAGUUCGCCACCUUCUCUGCUGCGUCGGCCGUCUACAUCCCCAUCUAUUACAUCCCGCUCUACUUCCAGUUUGCCAGGGGCGAGUCGCCCGUGGAGGCCGCCAUCAGACUCCUGCCCUUCGUCUUCAUGAUCGUCACCGUUGCCAUCCUCAACGGCUUCUUCAUGUCCAAGUUCGGCUACUACAUGCCGUGGUUCCUGGUCGGUUCGCUCCUGGCCGUCGCCGGCGGUGCCCUCAUGUACACGGUCGACGUCAACACCACCGUCGAGCAAAUCUACGGAUACAGCGUCCUCCUCGGCAUUGGCGGCGGUUGCUUCAUGAUCACCGCCUUCGGAUGCGUCUCGGACGUUGUCGAGCCCAAGGACAUCUUCAACGCCAUUGGUGUCAUCAGCCUUCUCCAGUGCAUCGGCAUCACCUUCUUCCCCUCGCUCAGCGGUAACAUCUUCCAGAAUAUCGGUGCUAGAUACGUGGCGCCGCUCCUGCCGGCCGACUUUGUCGGUGACCCGCGCGUGGUCCUCGCCGGCGCCAGCAGCCCGGAGUUCCUCAACUUCUCCGAAACCGUCCAGGCCCAGCUUGCUGCUGCCAUUGUUGAUGCCAUGAGCAACAUCUACACCAUGACCAUUGCUGCCUGUAGUAUCACUGCUAUUCUCUCUCCGUUCCUCGGGUUCGGUAAAGUGGGCAGCGACGCAAUGCCGGCGGGCGGCGCCUAA